AUGGCGCUAGCAAUGCUCGCCAUCUCUAGCUUCUUCUUGUUCUCUGCCCAUGCUUCCUCUGAUGACUUCCUCCCGUGCCUCUCCAGGGCCAUACCCGAGCAGCUCCUCUUCACCCGGAGCUCGCCGUCGUUCGCGUCGGUCCUGGCGUCAUCUGUCCGGAACCCGAGGUUCCUCACGCCGGCCACGGUGAGGCCGCUCUGCAUCUUCACGGCGACGAACGCAUCCCACGUCCAGGCCGCCGUCGUCUGCGGCCGCCGCCACGGCGUGCGCCUCCGCGUGCGCAGCGGCGGGCACGACUACGAGGGCCUCUCGUACAGGUCGCUGCGCGCAGAGGAGCCGUUCGCGGUGGUCGACCUCGCAGGCCUCCGCUCCGUUCGAGUCAAGCAGCGAGCGGCCACCGCGUGGGUGGACUCCGGCGCAACACUCGGGGAGCUCUAUUAUGCCAUCGCGAAGGUGAGCGGCCGUCUCGCGUUCCCGGCGGGCCUGUGUCCGACGGUGGGCGUCGGAGGCCACCUCAGCGGUGGCGGCUUCGGCAUGCUCCUGCGCAAGCACGGCCUUGCCACCGACCACGUCGUAGACGCGACGCUGGUCGACGCCGAGGGGCGGAUCCUGGACAGGAACGGCAUGGGGCGGGACGUCUUCUGGGCCAUCCGCGGCGGGGGCGUUGGCGGGAGCUUCGGGAUCGUGCUGUCGUGGCAGGUGAAGCUCGUGCCCGUGCCGCCGAAAGUGGCGGUAUUCACCGUCCAAAGGUCCGUCGAGCAGGGCGCCGUCGAUAUCCUGGCUAAGUGGCAAGAGGUCGCCCCGGCUCUCCCUGACGACCUGCUCGUGAGGGCGGUCGUUCAUGGACAGGUGGCCAGCUUCCAGUCCCUCUACCUGGGCACCUGCGAGGCGCUCCUGCCGGUGAUGAGCAGCCACUUCCCGGUGCUCGGCGUGAACCGGACGCACUGCAACGAGAUGACGUGGCUAGAGUCUGUGGCCUACGUCUACCUCGGCGCUCACGCCACCGUGGAAGACAUCCUGAACCGGACCGCUGCCGAGGACGCGGUCUUCACCAAGGCCACUUCGGAUUACGUCCAACAAGCCAUCGCAAGGGAAGUGUGGGCGGAAAUCUUCACCGGCUGGCUGGCGAAGCCAGACGCGGGGCUGAUGAUUCUGGAACCAUACGGCGGCAAAAUCGCCGCUCUGCCAGAGUCGGCGACGCCGUUCCCGCACCGCAACGGCGUGCUGUACAACAUCCAGUACAUGAACUUCUGGGAGGGUGCCGGCGAGGGGGCAUCGCAGAUGGCGUGGGUCAGGGACGUGUAUGCGUUCAUGGAACCCCACGUGAGCAAGAACCCGAGGGCGGCAUACGGGAAUUAUAGGGAUCUUGACCUUGGCAUGAACGUCGUUGGCGACGGUGACACCACGAGCUAUGAAACUGGCAGAAAGUGGGGCGAGAAGUACUACAAGGGUAACUUCAAGAGGCUGGCAAUGGCGAAGGCUGAGAUAGAUCCUGAAGACUAUUUCAGGAACGAGCAAAGCAUCCCGCCACUUAGGAUGUGUUUGAUUGAAAGGAUCAAUAAGUAUGGGAUGGAAUUCUGUAGAUUGUGUAGAUGGGAUGAUAAAGAUUAA